UACGACAUUGUGUGCCUCAGGCCAGUUGACGAGCGCAUGUUUAAGAAGUGCUGCGACAGGUCCGAUAUCGAUAUCAUCGCCUUCGACUGCAGUACAAAGACCACAUUCAUGCCCAAGCCCCCCGAAAUAGCCAAACUCAGGACCAACGGGGUGUACCUGGAACUCAGUUAUGGGCCCAGCAUUCGGGACACUAACACUAGGCGGAUCAUGAUAGGAAAUGCCAUCAAUGUUGUCCGUGUCACCAAAGGCAAGAACCUCCUCAUCAGCGGAGAAGCGGAACAUGUGCUCGAGCUUCGCGGCCCGUACGACAUGGUUAACUUUGCCUCACUGUACGAGCUGAAGCAGGAGAGUGCACACAGAGCCCUGUCCUCAGCCGGACGAGAGGUGCUGUUACAUGCACACACACGACGACACACAGCCAGGGCUGCCGUUGAGGUGGUCCCAAUGGAGUCCUAG